AUGAAUUCGUUUUCGAAUAUUAUUCUCAUCGUCUGCAUUGGUUCUGUGCUGACGAAUGAGCCGAUUACUUAUGUCAAUACAAAAAGUAGCGAUGGAAUUCUGACCCACUAUUAUCCACCUAAGUAUUAUAUAAAAUUGCAAAAUCCGUCACAUUUUGAGUACACCGACGGAUCAAAUCGCAUAUUUGUUCAAGUACCCGGUCUUGUCUUAUCGUUUCAUCAUCAAACCCCAAUGCUAUACGAAAUUAACUUUCAUGGCGAAUGUCGCAUUGACAGCCAACAGAGCUGGUUGUUUUUACGUAUACGAGUUGAUGGAAACUUAAUUAUGGGCAAUACUCUCGUGCCUAACAUGGCAAAUGAUACUCUCGUGGAUGGGACUUCUCUGCAUAGUAAUGCAAAUACGCCUGGAGCAGCAUUUCCGUGUUCGAAAAUAGACUGGAUUUAUUUAUCUGCAGGUACACAUGUCGUUGACGUUGUUGCUCGACUAGCUAAUUCAGGUCGAAUUGCCGGUGGAAGUUUGAAAAUUAAACUAACACAGUUUGAUAGUGCAAAUGACAUCAACUUGCCAAUAAUGACUCCGCAAACAAGAGCAGCUUGA